UAAUAUAUACUUUCAAUUCUCAUGUUAUAGUGAAAAGAGAAAGCACCAUAAUUGAUAUGUGCCAAAUCUGAAGCAAGCUUCUGAGUACCUCAGAAGAUACCAAGCAUGGGAUCUUCUCUUAGUUGUUGCGUUAGUGACCAAGUCGAAGAAGGGAUGUCAUCAUCAAGUGACUCUUCAUGGAGGAUCUUUACCUACAAAGAAUUGCACACUGCAACUAAUGGCUUUAGUGAGGAAAAGAAACUUGGAGAAGGAGGAUUCGGAAGCGUUUAUUUUGGGAAAACAUCUGAUGGUCUUCAAAUAGCAGUAAAGAAACUGAAAUCUAUGAAUUCCAAAGCAGAGAUGGAAUUUGCUGUUGAAGUCGAAGUAUUGGGCAGGGUACGACACAAAAAUCUGUUAGGACUGAGGGGAUAUUGCGCAGAUGCUGAUCAGCGGCUAAUUGUAUAUGAUUACAUGCCUAAUCUCAGCUUGCUCUCCCAUCUCCACGGUCAAUACGCCACUGAUGUUAAAUUAGAUUGGAAGAGGAGGAUGAAGAUUGCCAUUGGUUCUGCCGAAGGCCUAGUGUACUUGCACCAUGAGGUGUCGCCCCACAUAAUUCACAGAGACGUGAAGGCCAGUAACGUGCUGCUCAAUUCCAACUUUGAGCCUCUGGUUGCAGAUUUCGGGUUUGCAAAGCUGAUUCCAGAAGGCGUCAGUCACAUGACCACGCGUGUCAAAGGCACAUUAGGAUACCUAGCACCAGAAUAUGCAAUGUGGGGGAAAGUCUCCGAGAGCUGUGACGUUUACAGCUUCGGCAUUCUCCUACUAGAGCUCGUAACAGGAAGAAAACCAAUAGAAAGACUCCCUGGUGGAGUAAGGAGAACAAUAACCGAAUGGGCUGAGCCUCUGAUUGCAAAUGGCAAAUUUAAAGACCUCGUGGACCCGAAACUUGGAGGAAUUUUCGAUGAAAUACAGCUGAAAAGGACGAUCCAUGUUGCAUCCUUAUGUGUGCAGAGCGAGCCUGCUAGCAGGCCUAAGAUGAAAGAAGUGGCUGAGCUUCUCAAAGGGUACGAAAUCAAGGGAGGUGGAAUAGGAAAUGCAAUGAAAAUGAGGCUCAAGAGUGUCAAGUAUGAGGAGAAUUUGAUGGCACUUGAUCAAACUAGUGAUGAAGAUGAGGGCAAGUAUGAUGAGAGUAGUGCAUAUGGUGUUUUUGGUGCAAUGAAUCUGCAGAAUAUGCCAGAUCCUUAUAAGAGGACCAAGGGAGAUAGAAGGGGGAAAAGAGGUUAAAUGAGCAAGUGAUAUGAUGGUUUACUUUUAUUGUGUUUAUAAUUUUAUUUUUUCUAAUUAAAUUGAGAAACAGGAGGGAAUCGUUUCUCCAAUGACCAAAGAACAUGGAGUUAUUGUUUUUUUCGGUGGUUUUAUUUAUUUGUCUGGGGUAGCUUGGUUUUAAAAAAUGUAUUAUAUAAAACAUUCAUGCUGUAUUGCUGUGCUAUAAUUUUUAUUUUUUCUGAUAACUGGAUUCACUUGUCUUUCAACUUAUUUAAAACAGCCCGUGAUUAGUUUCGGAAAAAAAAAAACAGCCCGGAUUCUUUGCCUGUGGUUCGGCUUCUACGGUGACUUCAUAGUCUUUUUGUAGUUUGUGUGAUAUAUAAACUUAUAUGAUGUAUAAGUUGAACUCUCAAAA